AUGGCAACCUACGCGAUUAUAGGGGCUACGGGAAACUGUGGCACAGCGCUUCUUGACAACCUUUCUCGCAAUCCCACUGUAAAUAUCCGUGCCUAUUGCCGGAACAAGAAUAAAUUGGUUAAUACAAUUCCUCACCUGCUUGAAAAAGAACGAGUGGAGAUUUUUGAAGGCAGUAUCCACGAUGUCGAUCUCAUUUCCCAAUGUAUCAAGGAUGCGAAAGCUAUCUUCCACGUCGUGUCCACAAAUACCAAUAUACCAAACUGCAAUGUCGGUCUAGACACUGCAGGAAGUAUUAUAGAGGCCUUGAAGAAACUCAAAGCUCAACGCUCCCCAGGUUUUAAGCCGCCCAAGAUCGUGCUCUUAUCAUCUGCGACGAUCGACGAUCAUCUUUCACGCAAUCUACCUUGGAUUUUUCGAUCAAUCUUACUCACAUCUGCUUAUUACGUAUAUGAUGAUCUCAAAAGGACGGAAAAAUUCCUGCGCGCACAGGAAGAUAUCGCCACGACUAUAUUUAUCAAGCCUGGUGGUCUGUCGGUCGACAAGCAGAGAGGCCACAAGCUUGACCUCGACCACGAGGAGACGUUCGUCUCGUACCUGGACCUUGCGGCUGCAAUGAUUGAGGCGGCAGAUAACGUGGAUGACCGAUACGAUAUGAAGAAUGUGGGCGUCGUCAACACAAACGGCGGCGCAAGAUUCCCUUCCGGAACACCACUGUGCAUUCUUACAGGGCUCUUGCGCUACUACUUCCCAUUCUUGCACCCUUAUCUUCCGUCUCCUGGACCUGCUUAG